AUGGACGGCUACGAUCCUCUCGCGACGCCCUAUUUUCCCAGUCCAAUACCUUCAUAUGGAGGCGGAGGAAUGCAAAAUUUGGACUACAUGAGUGUGCCGUCAGUGAUGGACCUGCAAGAACAGUAUUCGAACUUCGACUCGGAACCAUAUAUGAGCGGUGAUGAGCUUGGGUUCGCGCCUCCGAACAGUCUCCAGCAUCCAGCUCUGCUGAAGCGCUAUUCUUCGGGCUUCGACGAUCCAUUCGCUGAAGGCACAAUGUCCCAGUUCGACCAAGGACCCACGGACGGGCUCCCAGACAGUUCGUCCAUCGAUCGCGACAGUAAAUAUCUCAGCUUUUCCAUGCCUCAAUACAAUUUCACCCUCCUCGAUGACUCUUUCCGGCGCUCAUCGGUCAAUAUUACUGCCCAGCUACAUGGGAUGUUCUUCCUUGCCGAGUCUCAGUGGCCUGCUACAGCCGAUACUCCUCCACCUCCGCCAGAGCUGACAUGUUACCGUCGUAAUCUGUUCCAGAUCACUGGCUCAGUAACUUUACCCAGGAACCUCAGAUAUGUGUUCACCGAUGACGGCUCUAGAAUUCCCAUUUACGAGUUAGAAUUGGCUGUAUCGGCGACCGAAUCCGUGGAGGGGAAUUCUGUCAAGAUCAUUUCUGUUCCGUGGAAGACCCCCGCCAGUGGAGAAGCGCCGAAACCGGAAGACAAGGUAGAGCGAGAGCCUCCGACGAUACCGUUGGAUAAGAUGUCGGGACAAGAUCUGGACACUGACUUUACGACGUUCCCUGUCCAAUGGAAGAGACUCCAGUUCCGAAUCGCGACUGCGAACAACGGACGGCGGAAGGAGCUGCAACAACACUUCAUCCUACACUUGAAGAUCAUGGCUUCAUUGUCCACAGGCGGAAAGAUCGCCAUCGCAGAAGCUCAGUCAGGAGCAGUCAUCGUUAGAGGUCGAAGUCCGCGAAAUUUCGCCGCCCGCAAGGACUUGCCCUUGAGUAGCAGUUCCACAGCAAGGAAACACUUACCAGCAGCCUCACGAGCUUCAAACAGUGCAACCUCCGUUCCCCAAGUUACUUCGGCACCAAAAAUCAAGAGCCCUUCGGAGGAAAUAGCCCAGAUGGUGGUGGGAUAUGACAGUGUCGAUACGAAGCCUGGAGAUACUGAUGGCACUACCUGGGUCUCACAAGGCGUCCACGAUCCCCUUGUCACACCGUAUUCGACUUCGACGAGUCGUCCCGCUGUUCCAGCAUUCCCUGAUGGUACACCUGAAAUAGGCACUGCCGGCGCAUUUCCAUUCACUUUCCCGCAAGAGAUGGCGCAAGGCAGUAGGCCGAUGAGCUUGCACUUUGGGAGUGACGACGAAGGGGGAAGCCCCCUUCCUCCACAGCAGAAUUCAAGGCCCUCGUCACGCCCUCCCACCUCUAAUCCUUCGCCGUCCCUGCUAAACAAAGGACCUGGCGGGACCUACACAACCAAUACCAGCACUUCACCUGGCCAUAUCACGAACCAACCAGGCCCACGGCCUCGGCUACAUUCUCACCAAGUAUCGAUGACAAGUGUACCCAGCUCCAUGGCCACCAUGAAUGGUACCAGUGCGAUGUCUCAAAGACCAGAAUUGCUACCUACGAAGUCAGGUCUACCAUAUAGCGCCGAGGGGGACAGUGUCGACCAGCUUUACGAGUACUUUCCGUUGGGCCUCGAUGAUUGGCAACCUCCAGUUGACGCAGUGUUCCGUCCCCAUGUGGUACACCACAGCGGUCCUUUACCACCCGAUCCACGAUCACCCGGAAGACAUACGAGUAAAAGGUAUUUCUCUGAAGUGGUGUAA